GAGGGAUGAAGUCUACGACAACAGUUGUUGCUGAUGGAGUCUGACCAUGGAUGAGGAGGUUUUUCCUGACGCCGAAAAUGUGAACUCCGUCUUGGCUCAGGAAUCCUCAGAACUUCUCCACAUCCUUAGCGGUCAGUCACCCGUAGUCAUCAUGAAAUUGUGCCAAAUGAUGCCCAGUUAUGCUGGUUGGGACAUCAACCUGGCCUCCAGUAUCCCCCCUGCAGCAGCAGUAACAGAACACAUCAAAGCUGUUUUGGAGUACUUUAGGGUGGCCAAAGCUGAAGAUUGCCGCAACUUCCUUCAGAGCAUGUGUAUCCUGUGUGAGAACAUCCCCAUGCACCUGGAGUCCAGGCUCAUGUCAGUGGCUGGAUAUGAAAAUAGUGCUUGCGAACAUUCCAGUUCCAGUGUGACGGGCGGGAAGUCGUCAUCGCCGCCUUCAGAGCAGCUCGUCAAACGGCCACGGAUUGAUUACUGGCCGCAGUACAAAGCUGCAGUGAUGCUUUUCCAGAAGAGGAGGUGGGAGCGACUCAGUGAGCGCCUGGUGAGUGAGGUCCAGCUGGAGAAUGUGUGGGUCAGCCUAAGAACGGCAAACAGAGGCAGGGACAGACCUGAUCAAACCCCUGGAUCAGCAGACAAAGGGGGCAGAACACCAGAGCCUGAUGGGGAUUAUGGGGCAAUGGAUUCCAGAGUGACAUUGGAGACCUUUCUCCAGGGAUGUGCGGGGAAGGUGACAGUUCUCGUUGGCCCAGCUGGAUCAGGAAAAACUCUGCUGAUGUCUUGUUUAGGACAACACUGGGCACAGGGACUAGGCCCUGUCCCUUCAUCUUACCUGUUUGUCCUGCUGGAGUUUCGUCAGCUCAACCUACGGUCCCAACCUCUCUCCCUGUCUGAUCUGCUAUUCCGACACUACGUCCCCAUGAAAGAGGGUGAUCACAAAAAGGAGGCCAUUGUGGAUUACCUCCUCUCCAAUCCAGAACAAAGCUGUUGGGUGCUUGAUGGCUAUGAUGAGUUUCACAGCAAACUCACCAAACAAGAGGUGCAGAGAGAGCUACUGGACCCAGAAAGGCCUUUGCCCGUUGCAGACCUCAUAUCAGGGCUGUUAAAUCGCCAGCUUCUUCCAGGAUGUACUGUGAUGGUGACCUGCCGUGUACGCGAUGUCAUCGAUUUGGAAGGCGUAUCAGAUAAAGUCGGGCAGCUGCUGGGUUGGGGCUGCCAUGAGAUCAAGGAGUAUGUGGACAACUUUUUUAGAGGAAAAGCAGACUCAGCUCUUGGGAUGCAUGCAGCAGAACUCCUUCUUUCCAGUCAACACCUACUAGCCAUGUCAUCCCUCCCUGCUCUCUGCAACAUCUGCUGCAUCUGUCUGGAGCAUUUACUGCUGGAAAGUAGAGACCCAGGAAGGACGGCGAUCCCUAAAGAAAGAGGAAGCGAGACAAGGAGAAAAGCGGGAGAAAAAGAAGAUAAAGGAGUACAGAGUGAAGAUCCAGGCGAAGGUAGUGAAGACAUGAUGAUGGAUGGAACAAAUGGUAGAGCCCAGCUACUUCUCACACAAGCCCAGAUACCCUCGACACUCACACAGGUCUACCUCACUGUUCUCGGAUCCUUUCUGUACAGUGACCCUGAUACAAGAGGAAGCAAUGACGAGCUGAUUACCACGAGACUUCCACAGAGUAUUCUGGGUCAGUAUCGAUCCGAGUUGUGCGAGCUGACUCAGCUGGCCUGGAAAGGCUUAGAGGAUGGCAAAAUCCUCUUCAUGGAAGAAGACAUUUCUCAGGAUGUUUUGAAGUUUUCAAUCAGGACAGGACUCAUUUCACAGGUGGAGCUCAGACGUGAGGAUGGGAUGCUUGUCAACUCCUACUGCUUCACUCAUCUGACUUUACAGGAGUUUUUGGCUGCACUCAGAGUCAUGACCAGUGCUGAUGUUAGUGACACGCAGCUCAAGAAGAGAUUCAGUCUGAGAACUCGCUGGACGACCAAGUCAGACCAGAGGACAGUCUUUACUGACUCCCUGCACCUGUUUUUAUGUGGUCUGGCCUCCCCACAAUGCACUUCAGCCUUAGUUCAAUUAGCCAGGACCCCUGGUGGAAAAGGAGGCCAAAGUUGGGUACAAAGACGACAAAGCCUUGUUCUGAAACUGCUAAAAAACCUUUGUCACAGCAACACCCUGACUGGACCAAAGAUAUUGGAGCUUUGCCACUGUGUUCAGGAGAGCCAGGACCACCAACUAGCUAAGCAGGUUGUGGGUACGAGACCCACCUUGGAGCUGCGCAACAUCCGGCUACUACCUAAUGAUAUUGAUGCUCUGGCUUUUGUAGUUAACUCAGUAGGUGAUAAUGGCAUUGGUUUGGACUUUGGGGCGUGCUCAAUGGAGUUGGAGUGUCUAGAUGUCCUGCCCAGGUGUCAGUACAUUCAGCACCUUAGUUUUCGCAGCCGCAAGUAUGACGACAAGUUUGCUGAGAAGUUGUCCUCCAUUUUGCCAAAAUUCACAAACCUGAGGAAACUAGAGUUUUGUGGUGCCAGUUUGACUGCCACAGGAGCGACUAGUUUGGCCUCUGCCUUACCGAGCUGUCCAGGCAUCACUGAACUCAACCUGAGUGACAACCAUCUGAAAGACGGAGGGAUCAAACACAUAGCUGAUAUUUUUACCAAACAACCAAGACUGGUUUUGGUGAAGCUGGGUCGAAACAACAGCUCUCUGGAAGCCGUGGACUAUCUCAUCGGAAAAAUGUCUUUGUGCUUGAACAUCCAGCAGGUUCAUGCAGAUGGGAGGAAGGAAUUGUCAGUCACUUUCUCCCAAAACUCUGAUUUACACAGCCAUAAAAAAAAGUCUGAACCAACAAUCAGCUUGUUAAACCAGAAAUGGAGCAAGGCUGAUAUGCAAAAACUUGCAAAGUCAUUGGCACAUUGCCCCGCCUUGUCUGUCCUGAAUAUGUCUGGAAGCCACUUGGAUGUUGAAACUCUGAAGACACUGACUCAGUAUUUGCCGGAGAUCAACGUCACCAAAAAGAUCAUUGCGAAUGACAGCUGCUUAACAGUGGAGGGUUUGGUGAUUCUGACGGCCCUGUUGUCUGAUUGUCCUGCUGUGGUGGAGCUUCAUAUCAGACUACAGAGUCCUGUUCAGGUGUCCAUAGUGUUUUCUGGAGGGAGACAAAAAACUGCUAAUGAAGAAUCAAAACUGCUCUGCCUCAGCUGGUGUGGUCUGCUGCCGAGUCAUCUGGAGAGAGUGUGGAGGAGUUUGGGAACCUCCCCUGAUCUCACUUUGCUGGAUCUGUCUAGUAACUGUUUUGGCAACAAAGGUCUGAGGAAACUGUUGGACGUCCUGCCCGGUCUUAGUAGCAUCCAGGAAAUAAAUGCCAGUAACAAUGGGAUUGGCAUGGAAGGAGUGUUGAUGCUGGCUGGUGCUUUGUGCUCCCAUAACAACUUAACACAAAUCCACAUCAGUGAUGGAGAUUCAGUGAUCCUGAAGUUCUGCCCUGACAAAAGGGAAGACAAACAGCAGCAAAAGAUAUUCAGGAUAAACAACAACAAACUCCUACCAUCCAAUAUAACCACACUUUGUAGACGAUUGGUCCAGUGUCGCUCCCUUUUGGAGUUAGAUUUGUCUCACUGCUCAUUGACGGACAAGGCUAUCGAUAAUCUGAUGAAAGUCCUGCCAAAGAUGACGUCACUGCAGAGGCUCAAUGUCAGCCACAGCAUCACAUCAACAACUGGAGCACUGGUGUUGAUCAGAUGUUUGACUGUCAGUCAGCAAGUUACCUCAGUGGAGCUCAGGCCUCAGACUGAAUCAUUCAUCCAGUUUGACAGUUUGAAAGCAGAACAAGCAAGCUGCAGGUUAACUCACUGUAGCCUGAAAGGUGACAACUUGGAGAGACUGCUCCAGAUCCUACAGCAGGGCCCCCAACUGUCUGACCUGGAUUUAUCAAGUAACCAAAUGGAAGAUGAGGGAGUGAAACAUUUUGUUGAUUCUCUACAACAGCAUAAAAUCACCAGCUAUGUCAAUUUGAGCAAAAAUGGCCUGACGCAGCAGGGGCUGCUGGAUGUGGCCAACACUCUGUGUACAUUUGACAACGUCUCAGGUGUAGAAGUCAGUUUGGGAGCAGAGGAAAGGUGUCUGAUCUGGUUUACACAACAUGAAAGUUUUGUGAAAACGCUGAGUAUCAGAGAUAGUAGUUUGGAACGUGACCAUCUGGUGAGAUUAGCAGAGAUCUUGUCUAUCUGUCCCAGUCCAACCAAACUGGAGUUCAAGAACAAUUCUCUGCAAUCUGAUUGGAUAGAAGACUUUGUGAAACUGUUAAACAGCAGUCAGAGAGGAUUCAGCAUCAAUAUUGAGGAACAUUGGAUCAGAUCUGAGGAAGCUGUGAGUCUGUUGUGUCGCUGUCUGGAUCUCAGCAGCAACAUACACACUAUCAGGGUUCAUCACAACACGCUACAUCUGUCUUUGAUGAAGUCCACUGAAGUGACCUCAAUCAGCCUCACGGACUGUGCAGUAGAGGGGUAUCAGCUUGCAUCUAUGAAGAGCAUCAUCCUGAGGUGUCCUUUACUGACAGAGCUGGAUUUUUCCCUCAACAGCCUGGGCAUUGAGGGAGCUGAGUUUCUCUGUUCUGUCCUGCCGUCGCUGCCAAAUCUCACUUCUCUCAGUAUUGGCUCCAAGGAGGCUUCUGUGACUGUGGUUGAGAAGCUGUCAGAGGCCUUGCUGCAGGCUACAUCCAUUCAGUGCUUAAAUCUGUCAGGUCAUAUGAUUAGUGACACAGCUGCCCAGAUUAUGACCAAAAUGUGGCCUUGCCUAAGAUCACUCAAUCUGUCUCACUGUGAGUGGUCAGCGUCUGGAGGGCUGCAGCUCAUCAAAGCACUGGGAGAGUGUGUCAGUCUGGAGGGCCUUUGUCUGGACUGCUUGCGGCUGAACGAGGAGAGCAGGAUGUGCCUGGCACAAGCACUAAGGAAAAUUAAAUCUAUACGCAGUCUCAAGCUAAAUAAGAUUGACACAGCAAUGGGACCAUUACAAGCAGACAGUGUGCUAGAUCUCCUAGCUGCUAUGGAGGGCCUCACACGAAUGCAGGAGAUAGAGUUGGAGGGCUGGAGGAUGGCUGAUAGAGGAAUAGAAGAGCUGACCAGACUCCUUCCUGUCUGGACGGAGCUCAGAAAGAUCAGUCUCUCAAAGAACCUUAUCAGCGACCAAUCAGGAGACAUGCUACUGGAGGCGUUGAACAGCUGCACUCACCUGGAAGAGCUCUAUCUGCCUAGCAACAGUCUCGGUGAUCUUACUGCUGCCAGGAUGGCUCUUGUUCUACCAUCACUGACAUACAUCACUGUGCUGGAUAUUUCAGAGAACAGGAUUGGAUAUGAAGGAUCAGUGAGUCUGUCCAAAGCAAUAAUGUGCAUGAACAACCUCACAAAGAUCUAUCUGACCUCUGUUGGGACUCCAGAGCUGUGUGCUGUAGCUGCCAGUCUGGCCCACUGUCCCCUCAUACAGGAUGUGGGUCUGGGAUGGAAUAAUUGUGGUGAUAAAGUGGCAGUGGAGCUGGCCAGAGUUAUGCCUCUCUGUCAGAAGCUGACCAGAUUAGAUCUGGAGUCAAACGCUGUGAGUGUUUCUGGAGCGGAGGCCCUGGUUAGAGCCUUACAGUCCUGUCCUGCUCUGGAGCUCAUCAGGCUGUGGAGGAACAAGGUCUCCCCCGGUGAAGCCCAGAGGCUCAGUCUGAGGGAGAGGAGACUGAAUUUCUCAUCCACCUAAAGUGAUCUGCAUUGUUGGACGGUGGCGGGGAGAAGUAACAUUCCAGUUCAUCAGAAUCUGCAGAGGUGAAUCAGGGCUACAGCUACAUUCACAAAUGGAGUUCACUUGUGUUUCCAUGAAGUAUGACCAUUAGAAAAGCAUGAGGAAUGAUCCUACAGUAAAUUAUUAAGAACUGUAUGUCACAUUAUGUGUUUAAAAACCUUCAAUCAGUUAUGUGUCUGAGGACAGCAGCAGCUGGUGUCUCUAAUAUAUAGAAGGUUUAAAGGACCACUAUGUGGUCUACUAUGGGAGAGAACCCUCACCCUUUUUGACAUUUCCCUGAAGAGGGAACAAUGCGAUUAAGUACAGAUGUAAUGUUGAAUGUUUAUUUUUGAGACUAUUUAAAUGUAUGACUAUGCACUUAUUGGCCUCUAGUUUCAGGAUGGUAAACAGUCGUAAUCAGCUGACAGUGUGAGUGUGUUAUGAUUAUAAUGAGACACAUCUCUUCGUUGUUAUCUGUAGACAGCACGCACUGCUGGCCUUCCUUAUCAUAUACUGAUAUUAAAUACGCCAUUAGCUCACCAUUAGUGGCUGCAACAGAAUGUGUUGCUAUAUGAUAGGGUAAAGAAAGAAAAAAAGACGAAGUGGGAUUAGCACCGAAAGUACAGUAUAAAUACAAUAGGGACAACAUAGAAGUAUAUAAAGUUACUUUGGGAGCUAAGCAUCCAGAGAGAGCUUCAAGCAACUUAUUUAAUCACAGAUAAAAUUGGGAGUCAAGAAACCUAAAGGUCCCCAAAGGGAUAUUAUAGGAAAACUUUACAGGGCUUAAAAUGAUUGAAAUGUUGUUUAAUUGAUAAAGCACUUAUACUGGCUUAUAGUUAAUGUGUAUGCACAAAGAAAUGGAUUUGGUUAUGUUGAGUGGAAAACAAGAGAGACUUCUACACCAGAUUCGUCUUAAAACAAAUGUGACAUUUAUUGUAGGAUAACAGGAGUAUAUCGCCCAGCAGUUAUACGUGCACGGGCCUAGCAGUACUGAGAAGUUCAGCAACUAAAAGGCGCUUAUACAGAGUGCGCAUCAUGUUAUAUAGGUUUUGUGAGUUGAAUAUGAUAGGUCUAAAAAAGAGAGAGGCGGCUCUUGGUUUAGACUUUUAGACUUUCUGAGGGCCUUGGUCAGUUGGUCGUAAAACAGGGCCUCUGUUAUCUGGUUUCUCUGCAGUAAAAGCACAUUCCUUCUUUAGUGUCUCUGUUCUUUUCCAUCGUACGGCCAGGCACUAGAAUGCCCUGUCCGGAGUAUUUGACCUUCUAAGAGAACUCAUAAUCAUUUACCGCAAUGUGCACAGUGAUAGUGUGAUGUGAAAGCAUAGACAAAAUAUACUGUGUUUGAGAUUUGUAUGUGUGCAUUUAUACAUAUGAAUGUAAUAUUUACAUGACAGUUAUCUAAAAUAGAAGGUGGAGGUCAGUCUUGUUACUGCCGAGUUUGCACACACUGUCACUGCUCUUUCUGCUGUUCCACACCGCCAUGGGGCGGCUGUGGUGUAGUGGAGAGCAAGGUAGUUCUCCAAUCAGAGGGUCGGUGGUUCGAUACCCGGCUUCAGCAGUCGAUGUGUCCUUGGGCAAGACACUUAACCCCAAGUUGCUCCCGAAGGCUUGCCAUCGGUGUGGACUGGAUGUUGCAUGAAUGUUAGUUAGAGUCUGAUGGUGGCACCUUGCAUGGUAGCCUGUCAUCAGUGUGUGAAUGGGUGAAUGAUAUGUAAUAUACUUUGGAUAAAAGCGUCUGCUAAAUGACUGUAAUGUAAUGUAAUGAACCUAAUGUAAUGAGCCAUGAUGUGAAGGGUUUCCAGUAACCUUCAAGUGAGAAAAGAGCUAUGUCACUAUGUACUGUUAUGUGUUUACAAUAAUUAGAGGCCACAUCAGUGAAAACACAACAAAUCAUAAACUCACAGUAAAGGAGGAGUUACAAGGGAGGACCCCCCUCUUUGUUAUCUGCUCUGAUGGUCAUUUUAGGUUGUGGUCUCUAUCCAAUCUGCGUAUUUAUUUCUGCCGGUACUUUGAAAAGUUAUUUCGUCAGAUGUUAUUUAAACUGAGUUUAAUUUUUUUUCUACAAGACACUGGAUUUUUGUUUUUUAAGGUUUGUGAUCAGGUUUGACCUCUCAAAUAUUGCCUUUAUCUUUUGACAUUAUUUAAUUCUGACCUGCACUGAGAUGGUGAGAUAAAAAAUAAAAGACUACAUUGAG